AUGUCAUCAACGAUCAACCACCUCCACCAUCACCACCGAAUCGACGGCCAGAUUUCUCCCCUCACUUCUUCCUGCCCUCAUCUAGCCGACUUCCGUUCCCGCAACGGCGCCAAGCCCUUUCGCGCCCUCCAGGACUGCCUCCGCGUCAAACCUCCCGGCGGCCGGGCCGGGAUCCGCCGCGAACCCUCCGAGGUCCCCCGCUGCGCAGCGUGCGGCGAUUCCUCCCCAUCGAGGCUCUACGCCUGCGUCGCGUGCGCAGCCGUGUUCUGCCACGCUCCCUCCGGCGGGCCCUCCCAUGCCUCCGCUCACGCCGCCUCGAUGCCCCUCGGCGGCCACGAGAUCGCGGUCGAUGUCGAUCGAGCCGAGCUUUUCUGCUGCGCCUGCCGCGAUCAGAUCUACGAUCGCGAUUUCGAUGCCGCCGUGGUCUUGUGUCAGUCCGCCGCGCUCAAGUCCGCGAUCGCCGUCCAGUCGUCGGGGAACCCGGAGAACAUGCGGAAGCGGCGGCGGGUAGAUUACCGUCCCUGGUCGCCCGAUGUUCGCGAGCGUUUGCUGAUGGAUAAUGGAUCGAGCGUGUUGGAUUGCGAGAUCGAUCGGCCUCGAGGGCUUAGAGGGCUGAACAAUCUGGGGAACACUUGUUUUAUGAACUCGGUGUUGCAGGCCUUGCUGCAUACUCCGCCGUUGAGGGACUAUUUCUUGAGUGAUCGGCACAAUCGGUAUUACUGCCAGCUGAAGAACGCGGCAACUACGGGCCGGAUCAGCAGCGGUGUCGGUGGUGGCGGGAAGAGGAAUGGUGGGAAUGGUGGUGGCGACAACAGCAAUGGGAUGAUUAAGGGUGUGAAGCUGUGCUUAGCUUGCGACGUGGAUGCGAUGUUUUCCGCUGUUUUUUCUGGCGAUCGCAAACCAUAUAGCCCCGCGAAGUUUUUGUACAGCUGGUGGCAGCAUGCGUCUAACUUGGCAAGCUAUGACCAGCAGGAUGCUCAUGAAUUUUUCAUUUCUAUGCUUGAUGGAAUCCAUGAAAAUGUGGAGAGGGAUCGAGGAAAACCCCAGAGUCCAGGACAUGGAGACUGCUGUAUUGCACACAGAGUAUUUUCCGGCAUCUUGCGGUCCGAUGUCAUGUGCAUGGCCUGUGGUUUUACGUCCACAACAUAUGACCCAUGUGUGGACAUCUCACUCGACUUGGAGCCUCACCAAGUGACAGCUCAUGGAAAGACAUCUGCUAAAUCUCAUCCAUCUUCCAAUAGUGAAGCAAACGGCUUCAGUUCGACCCAAAUCCCCACGACAUCUACCCUGAUUGGAUGUUUGGACCGCUUCACCCGACCCGAGCGAUUGGGGUCCGACCAGAAAUUCUUCUGUCAACAGUGCCAAGUGAGUCAGGAAUCCCUGAAGCAGAUGUCGAUUAGAAAGCUCCCAUUGGUCUCCUGCUUCCACAUCAAGAGAUUCGAGCACUCUCACACCCGAAAAAUGUCGAGGAAAGUCGAUCGGUACCUGCAGUUCCCUUUCUCGCUGGACAUGGCACCAUAUCUAUCUUCUUCCAUUUUGAGGAGUCGAUUCGGGAACCGGGUCUUCUCAUUCGAAGGAGAUGAUGGAGAUGACGUGGCAGCAAACGAGAUGUCCUCGGAAUUUGAGCUGUUUGCCGUGGUGACCCACUCGGGAAAGCUGGAUGCUGGUCAUUAUGUCACGUAUUUGCGGCUGAGCAAUCAGUGGUAUAAAUGUGACGACGCAUGGAUUACCAGAGUGAACGAGAAUGUGGUGAGGGCUGCGCAGGGGUACAUGAUGUUUUAUGUGCAGAAGAUGCUUUAUUACAGAGCGAGUGCCCAGGUAUGCCCAUCGUGA